UCGUUCUAAGUGCAAACUGGCCUUAAUUAACAACUCGUCAUGACAUCAGCAGCUUAAAUGGUCCCUUUAAAUGGCUGCUUCACCUGAUAGGCUGCAUGUUUCUCUCUCUCCCGGUAAAACCUCUCCGAGACAUUCCGCACCCUCCUGAAACUCUUCCACUCACUUUGUCUCAAAUUGAAGAAUCUGUCUGAGGAGAGAGAGAGAGGGGGGGAGAAAGAGAGAGAGAGAGACGUUAGAGCGUCUCCAUCUCCAUUGCGCAUAGAGAACCGUUUGUGUAUCUUUCGUUUCUAUGUUUGUUUUAUUUGUUCGUAAACACUCUUCCUCUCCAGCCGAUCCGGAUCGAUCGACCCCAGUGACCGGAGGUCGCGGAUGACGGAUAAGCGUUUGGAGAGCCACUUUCCCUGGAUAUAACCAUGCGACGGGAUGUUGGUUAGACAGGCACCGGUCCAAACCAUGGAUACCUGUCGGAAAGGAGCGAUUCUAUGUGUGCGAGGAUUCUGAGACCCGUCAUGCGCUGUUAUUGACCUUCACUGCGCGUUUAUUUGGAGACAUUUGGAUCCGAUUGGAGAGGUCUUCUCUCUCCGCUAGCGCAAAAACCUAUGGAAAAACACAUCGUGGGACAUGGAUAGAGUGAUUGAGUCAUCUGUGGAUCUAGUGCCGAUGACCAGAGCUCCUGUCUGAGGUGUGCUGGAGGUUUGGUGGUUUUAGGGAGUUCGUGGUAUGUGAACGCAACGACACGCCGCGUCCUCCUCGCCCUGCUGUCCGCGGCGCACAGACGAUUCAUCAUGCUGAGGCAGAUGCUGCUGAACUCCACGGCAGCGGCGCGAGACUUCGACCUGAUGAGCAACACGCACACGCCGGCACCGCUGAACGUGUCCCAUGGGCCCGUGAGCGUCUCGGCCCUCCUGAAGCCCACGGGCCGCGGGAGCGCCCUGCGAGAGGGCGAGCCCGACAAACCGGACCUGGCCACAUACGUGGUGAUGUGCCUGGUGCUCUUCCUGCUGGUCCUCCUCAUUGUCUUCUUCAUCAACUGUCAGCUGAGGAACUCUUUCUUCGCCUCCAUGCCUUACGACCGCUCACUGCGAGAGGCCCGCAGCUCCUACAAAUGACCCUUUUGAGCCCCACAGCGGAUGCAAAUGGUUUGGAUAACAGAACCAGCGGCGGAUUGCAACCGAACUGACCCGUGUGAUUGAUCUGUCUGUAUAUAAUGACUGUUUUGUACUUCUGCACGGCCUUUUAUGUCCAUAUACGGUAUAUCACGAGUCGUGUGCGUUAUGUAAGAGAUUAUUUUCUUGUACGAUGUUGAACCAUGAUUAAAUCUCACAUUCAUGAG